GCUCGUAUUGAGUCAUAUUGUGUUUUGAUGAGAUCCAAAUAAAUACAAUCGGCCACUCUCGCUACAACAUCGCAACCUUUAUUGUCAUUCCAAGCACAAGAACCCAAUCAUGGCGACCAUACUACAUCUACGCUCAGAGUGCAAGCCUCUUGAGCACCGCUCAGCUCUCACGCCCACCACUACCAAAGCUCUCCUCGACGCUGGAUACAAGGUCAACGUCGAAAGAAGUCCAGAACGCAUCUUCGACGACUCCGAGUUCGAAGCUGUAGGAGCAACUCUUGUUCCUGAAGGAUCAUGGGUCGAUGCUCCAAAGGACCACAUCAUAAUUGGUCUUAAGGAGCUGCCUGUAGAUAAAUUCGCAUUGAAGCACACGCACGUCCAGUUCGCACAUUGCUACAAAGGCCAAGGUGGCUGGCAAGACGUUCUCUCCCGCUUUCCCCAAGGUGGUGGCACCCUCCUCGAUCUCGAAUUCCUCCAAGAUGACACCGGUCGACGUGUCGCUGCGUUCGGAUAUCAUGCCGGCUAUGCUGGUGCAGCCCUCGCUGUCGAAGCAUGGGCUUAUCAACUACAACACCCCGACGCCGAGAGCAUGCCUUCUGUAUCGAGUUAUCCCAACCAGGAUCUCCUCCUGAAGGAUGUCGGCGCGCGACUAGCAGAGGGUGAAAAGGUCACUGGGCGCAAGCCUCGAGUUUUGGUCAUCGGUGCCCUCGGCCGUUGUGGUCGCGGCGCUGUCGACCUCUGCAAGCAGGUCGGCAUUCCCGACGAGAACAUUUUGAAGUGGGAUAUGGCAGAGACAGCCAAGGGAGGCCCGUUCUCUGAGAUUGUGGAGAGCGAUAUCUUCGUCAACUGCAUUUACCUCUCCGACCCCAUCCCACCUUUCCUCAACCAAGAAUCUCUGUCGUCGGAAAAGAGAAAGCUGACCGUCGUAUGCGACGUGUCCUGCGACACGACAAACCCGCACAACCCGGUGCCAAUAUACACCAAGAACAGCACAUUUUCGAGCCCGACGAUAAAGGUUGAAGGGUACGACAAUCCACCGCUGUGUGUCAUUAGCAUAGACCACCUGCCUUCUCUGUUGCCUCGGGAGGCCAGUGAGGCAUUUAGUGAAGCCUUGCUGCCAAGCUUGUUGACGCUGAAGGAUCGUAAGAGCAGCCGUGUCUGGCAACAAGCCGAGGAUCUAUUUAGCACCAAGGUCGCUUCUUUGCCUGAAGCCAUGAGGACAGCUGUGAAGAGUGUUACGGGAUGAUUGGAUAUAUAUGAUAUGACAAGAAAGAUCAAAGCCAAAGAGAUUCAUCAUGAUAGACUUGAGGUGUAUAUAAAUGUUUCAUUAGUGUUGGAAGUUUUAGCAUCGCACUGUACAGCAAUAUACGCUUCCGUUGCUGCCUUUUGUCUGCACAACACCAUGCCUGCCAAGCUUCGGAACCAUGUCGAGACGCUUUUAUAUGUCUAUUUCUCUGGCAAGCUUUCAGGCUCAUCAACCCUGCA